AUGACAUGCAAAAGGUUCAAGGUUUUGGAAAACCUUCAUUUGAAUGACAACUCACAGAUGCCUGCGAGAGGAACCCCUCAGUUCGACAAACUAUAUAAAGUUCGUCCACUUCUCGAGCUGCUCAACACGGCCUGUCAACGUUGCGCUAAAACUACAACAUCUCAAUCAAUAGACGAGUCGAUGAACCAGUUCAAAGGUAUCUCAUCGCUCAAACAAUAUAUGCCACUAAAACCAAUAAAAAGAGGCUACAAAGUGUGGACUAAAGCUGACAGCGAGACAGGCUAUGUGAUUGAAUUUCAGAUUUAUACGGGAAAACGGGAUGAUCAGUCUACAGAAUUUGGGUUAGGAGCCAAUGUUGUGAAAUGCCUUACGCAGAAGCUGGUAGAUGAAGGAUACCGUGGACAUGUCACCUUCGAUAAUUUUUUCGCAUCGUAUGAAAUACUGCAAUAUUUAUACAAUAAUGGUAUAUACGCCACAGCAACAGUCAACAGUAACAGAGCAGACCUACCUCUCAUUGUGAAACAUGCCAAAAGCCAAAAACAAGAAUAUACCAAGGAGCCAAAAAGUAAACUUAGCAAGAGGCGAAUUCCGAUGGCGCACCAAAAACAAUGUGGCGUUUGUAAUGUGGCUGGACACUAA